AGAGAGAGAGUGUGAGAGAGAGAGGGAGAGAGAGAGAGAGAGAGAGAGAGAGAGUGUGAGAGAGAGAUAGACAGUCAACUGCACCAGGGCAAAGAAGCGCAAACCUCGGGCCGGGGCUGCACCCUUUCCCAACCCCCGUCUCCACCCUCCGACUUCCGAAAGCAUACAAGCAGCACGGGGGGAGGGCCGGCUUUGCUAUUGUGGAGCAAAAGCUGAUGGAAGGCAGACUUAAAACGCGCCUGGGACUCACUCGUUGAAUCGCUUGGAUGGAAAGCGUCUGAUUCUGUACGAUGAACUGUCCCACUAUGGGAUGGACGGGGUGUCCAUGCCCAGUUAUGGAGACACACACGCAUCCCGCAAUCUGGCACAUCAUCUGGGCCACGGCCCCGGGAUCCACGCACAACACUACCCGCCGGCGGGCUCUGGUCACCGGGCGACGCUGCCGUCAAGCCUCGGCAACAGCAUCAACGACACACUCAAGAGGGAAAAGGACGCAAUAUACGGUCACCCCUUAUUCCCGCUCCUUGCCCUAGUGUUUGAGAAGUGCGAGCUGGCGACGUGCACUCCCCGGGACUGUGGAGUAGCCGGCGGGGAUGUUUGCUCUUCCGACUCCUUCAACGAAGAUAUCGCGGUGUUCGCUAAACAGAUCCGAACAGAAAAACCUCUAUUCUCUUCCAACCCCGAGCUGGAUAAUUUGAUGAUUCAGGCCAUUCAGGUGCUAAGGUUUCAUCUACUGGAGUUGGAGAAGGUCCAUGAACUAUGUGAUAAUUUCUGCCACCGGUACAUUAGUUGCUUAAAGGGGAAGAUGCCGAUCGAUUUAGUGAUCGAUGAACGUGACGGAGGCUCCAAGUCUGACCUGGAGGACUUCACGGGAUCCUGCACCAGCCUUUCUGAUCAGAACCACUGGGGCCGAGACCACGACGACACAGGCUCCACACAUUCCGGCACUCCUGGGCCCUCAAGCGGAGGGCUGGCGUCGCACAGCGGGGACAACUGCAGUGAGCCAGGAGACACAUUGGACAACAGUGUGGCCUCGCCCGGGACCGGGGACGAUGACGACCUCGACAAGGACAAGAGACGCCAGAAGAAGAGAGGCAUCUUCCCCAAGGUCGCCACAAACAUCAUGCGAGCCUGGCUGUUCCAGCACCUCACGCACCCGUACCCGUCCGAGGAACAGAAGAAGCAGUUAGCGCAGGACACAGGCCUGACAAUCUUACAAGUGAACAACUGGUUCAUUAACGCAAGACGUCGCAUUGUGCAGCCCAUGAUCGAUCAAUCAAAUCGAACAGUAGGCCAGGGGGCACCUUACAGUCCAGACGGUCAACCGAUGGGAGGGUUUGUGAUGGAUGGUCAGCAACACAUGGGCAUUCGGCCUCCAGGUUUGCCAGGAAUACCAGGAGACUUCGUAUCUCAAGGAGGCGCAGUGGGGAUGGGCCUCCCACAACCCGGAUACACCCCUCCCCCGGUGACACCACACCCAGCCCAGCUGAGACACGGACCCUCGCUACACUCCUACGUCCCCGGCCACCCCCACCAUCCCGCCAUGAUGAUGCACAGCAGACCCCCCUCCCACCCAGUGAUGUCAUCGCAAAGCCCUUCCCUCCUGAGCCCUGGAGAGCCAAUCACGAGCGGGCAGGCUAUGGACGUCCAUGGCCACUAAAAUGUAAAGAAAUGUACAGAAGAGGAAGAGUUUAAUAAGAUGCCCAGCCUUGGCAUUUGAGGCACAAACUGGAAUUCUGACUGCUGUGUGUGUGACACUGUUGUUCAUUUUUAUUGUACUUUUUGUGAAUCUGAACGAGGACCAAUUCUGGAGCAUCUUAAUUAAACGAUCAUGAGACUUUUAUAUAUAAGGAAACACUGAAAAGGAAGGACAUUACAACCAUUUUUGAGCAUCUACGACAAACAAUGAAGACUAAAUUAACUAGUUCCUUUGGUUUCUGAUAGAUUUUCUUUUAUACAUAUAGAUAAAGAAAAAUAACGAAAAAAGCAAUGAAGUAUUUCAACACUAUGUGUGAUAUUCUCGAUGACCUGGUGAGAGGAGCGUGAAACUUUUCCUGGGGAGGUGUGAGGGUGGAGGGAAGGAGGGAUGGGGGGGUGGGAUAGAAGCUUGCUUCCAACACAGAUCCUCACAGUUGUACACCAGUACGGCCCUGGGCCUGGAUGCGAGCUUGGGGGAAGGGGUUAACGGUGGCAUCUUGUAAUGGGUAGACCCUAAACACUUCCUAACCAAUCAUAAUCCAAUAUGGCAGGGAUAUUUGGACGGUGGUGUCGGGGAAGGGGUUAACGGUGGCAUCUUGCCAUGCUAGACCCUAAACACCCUAACCAAUCAUAAUCCAAUAUGGCAGGGAUAUUUGGACGGUGGUGUCGGGGAAGGGGUUAACGGUGGUAUCUUGCCAUGCUAGACCCUAACCACUUCCUAACCAAUCAAUGGUUCAAUUUAAUAUCAGAGCAGGUAUACAGUAUACAACCUGAAAUUCGUACUCUUCACAGACAUCCAUGAAACAGAAAGGAAUCCCAAAGAAUGAAUGACAGAUAAAAUGUUGAACCAGAACCCCCCCCCACGCACAAGUAGCAGCAAAAAUAUCCCCCUCCUCCCCCCACUUGCUCCAGCAAAAGCUCGAGCCCCACCCACCAUACAAUAGCAGACGCCCAGAGCCGAUGAUCGAGAGUCCAUCGAAAACUAUUGUCUGUCCUAACCCUUCAACAUCUCAACAGACUCCCCCUCUCUCUGAGGAGCGAGAGACAGAUAUGGCUUCUGCCAGGGCGAGAGGGGAGGCCGACAGCUCGCUGUUUCAACAUUUCCAUCCGCGACCUGGUGGCAUGGCGACAUCCCUUGGGAAAGGGACUGCUGGUGUCAUUUUGUCAGGGCUAAAUCCGCACCCGUUCCUAACCAAUCAUAAGCCAAUAUGGCAGUGAGUUUCGGAUGCCGGUGUUGGGGAAGGGAAGGGAGUAUCAACUGAAUCUCGACAAGUCCCUAACCAAUUAUAAGCUGGUGGGCGCCAUCAUUGUGGAAGAGCUAGUCCCUAACCAAGCAUCACCUUCCGUAUGCUGUCCCAGUAAUCUUUACUCUCUUUCUGCAGAAAUGCAGCGGACGAUGUCUGCUCAGACAUAUAUGGAUUAGUGCUGGGACAGAUUCAGAAUCCUACAAUAAUAUUUCACCACGUUUACAAACUCUGCUCAGCGAUAAUGGCCAAGUCAUCCUGAAAACUUGUCUAUGAAGUGUUUAAUCAACUUGGCUGUUUUUUCCUGCAAUUAACUGAUGAGUGCACCUCCAAAGCGCUCUUUUUAGUAAAUUUCCAGUCUGAUACCAUAUAUUUAGAAAGCCAACGUUCUUCUGAAACUCAGCGUGCAAAAGGUCAAUAUUCUGAAUCUCUACUUUCCAUUUAAUAGGAACAGUUUACUCCCACAUCCUGAUGUCAAAUGGACUUUCCUAGUGAUGAUGUCAUGAAUUCAUUGGACAAAUGGGUUGAGGGAUUGCGAUUCAAUUCCUGCCAUUACUCACGGGCCAACCAAUAAGGGGAGACAUCACUGGCUUGAUAAUUAAUGGUCCAACCAAUAAGGAGAGGCUUCACUAGUUUGAGAAUUAAUGGGACAACCGAUAAGGUGUGACAUCACUGGUUUGAGAAUUAAUGGGCCACCAUAAUUCAGGAUUUCCAAUUAUUGGAUGCUGUGGUUACAAUUGGAGAUCUGCUACUGGGAAAAUUUACAUUCUUGGCCAUGUCGUGCUUGGGGAUGUACUUUUAAUGAUUCUAGAGGAGAAUAAAAUACUCUUAUCUAUAGUUUAAAAGAUAUUGAAAUAUAUGUAGGUUAAUUUCAGUCACUUUCAGACAAUUCCUUACCCAUCUGUACAUGUAGUCUAAACACACACUAACAACUGAUUGAUGGAUCACCACUCCACGUCUGGCCUGCCUCCUAUAUUUGCUUUUAUUAGUCGAGGCAUUGAGUUCAAAAGUCAGGAGGUUAUGUUGCAACUUUAUAAAAGUCUGGUUUGGCCACAUCUGGAGUAUUGCAUAUAGUCCAGGUCACCUCACUGUCGGAAGGCUUUGAAGAGGGCGCAAAAGAGGCUCACCAGGAUGCUGCCUGGUUUAGAGGGCUUGUGCUAUCAUAAGAGGCUGGAUAAACUCUGGUUGUUUUCUCUGGAGUGUCAGAAGCUGAGGCGAGAUCUGGUGGAGGUUUACAAGAUUAUGAGAGACAUAGACUGGACAGGGAGCAUCUGUUUCCCAGGGUAUAAGUGUUUAAUACCAAAGGGCGUGCAUUGAAAGUGAGAGGAGGUCGGUUCAAAUGGGGAUGUGAGGGGUAAGUUUUUUACUCAGAGAGCGGUGGAUGCCUGGUAUGGUGGUAGAACCAAAUACAUUAGAGGCUUUUAAGAGAUGUUUGGAUAGGCACGUGGAUGUGAGGAGGAUGGAGGGAUAUGGACAUGGUGUAGUUAGGAGGGAUUAGUUUUUGGGAGUUUUGACUUGCAUUGUAGCUGAUUCAAUGCACAUUGUCGGACAAGUGGCCUGUUUCUGUGCCGUACACUUCUAUAUUCUAAAGGGACAAGUCCUUCACAAUGAAAUUGCCCUGAAUCAGCAACUGAGAAUAUACACUGAACUUUUAAAAGCAUCUGGGAAUGUGUUCCAAAUAUCCUAAUCCAUGCUGAGACCUUGGAGAGUUGCUCCAUUUCCAGAGUAGAUGUGACUAAGUGCCAAAAUGCACUUCAUAACUCUGACUAAAAGCCAUCUAUCUACUGAAAGCAUAAGGCUCUCCCUGCAAUAGUGCUGGCCAGUGGUGUAGCCGCUUCCUGAGGUGCGCAGUCUCGGCUUCGAGUCUGACCGGCUCCUUGCACACUUUCAUUCCAUGGUAGAGCGUUGCGUGAGCAACUCAAUGUAAAAAAAAAACAAAAGACAAAGGUGCUAAAGAAAUGGCAAGGUUGCCACCCAAUGUCUCACCAGGUAUGGAAAGGAACUAUUAUUUGCAAUAUACAAUAUUUUAUCAAUCCCAAAGGAAGUCACAAGUGCACAGACGUACCAAUGUUAGAAGAGAAGUAAGAAAGAAUUAAAAAAAUAAGUUACCUCAAACAGUCUGACAGGAGGGGCUCAUCACUUUCCUGACUAUAGGUUGACUCAUUAUGGAGCCUCAUAGCCUAGGGUAAGAAUGACCUCAUAUAGCCCUCUUUGGAGCAGCACAGUUGUCUUAGUCUAUCACUAAAUGUUCCCCUCCGUUCAGCCAAGGUGGCAUGCAGAGGUUGAGAAACAUUGUCCAGAACUGCCAAGAUUUUCCACAGGGUCCUUUUGUUCUACCACAGCCUCCACAGUGUGUCCAGUUUGCCUCCUAUAACCGAGCCAGACUUUCUAAUCAGUUUAUUGAGCCUGUUGGCAUCAUCCGUGUUGAUGCCACUGCCCCAGAACACCACCACAUAGAAGGUUGUACUGGCAACAACAGACUGGUAGAACAUGUGAAGGAGAGGCCUGCAGACUCCAAAGGACCUCAGUCUCCUCAGGAAGUCGAGGCAACUCUGGCCCUCUGUGCUGGCGCUCCACUCAAGUCCAUCAUUCAGGUGCCCCCCCCCCAGGUACCUGUAGGUCCUCACCACAUCCACGUCCUCACCAAUGGUAGUAACAGGGAGCAAUGCAGACUUAGUCUUCCUAAAGUCCAUCAACACCUCCUUUGUCUUACUGAUGUUGAGCUGCAGAUGAUUCAGCUUGCACAAAAUCCUCCACCAGGGCCCUGUAUUCAUCCUCCCAUCCUCCCUUUAUGCACCCAACCAUUGCUGAGUCAUCAGGGAAUUUCUGCAAAUGAUUCUCAAAGUGAAUCCUCUGCAGCAGAAACACGUUCCAAGGUAAGACAAUGAUCAAUUUACACCUAUAUCUUGAAAAUUAUGUGAUCCUGAGCAAAAUCACUGAUCAGGAAUUAGAAGAAUCUCUUUAUUCAGGAGGUGGUGAAUCUGUGGAGACCUAGUCAUUUGGUAUAUUUAAAAGCUGAGGUUCUUCAUUAGUAAAGACGACAAAGGAUUCAGGGAGAAGGCAGGAGAAUGGGCUUGAAAGGGUAUGAUCAAAUGGCAGAGCAAACUCGAUGGGUCAAAUGGACUAAUUCUGCCUUAUAAUUGGGAUAGUGCCACUGGGCCCAGGUGAAGUACUAGAUCAUGUAAAUGGGGUGAGCGGUGGUGAAAGGAAGGAAGAUCUGGUGGGUAGGACAGGGUGCUUCUCCCACACUGCUGGGCUUCUGGGCACAAUUGGAGUGUGGAGCCACUCUGCCAUGGGGACAAACUCGCCUAAGACAUUUAGGGAAAAGAUGAGUAAACACAUAGAACGAGUGAAUUGGGGAUUGUCUUGCAACGUUCCAAAACACUGCUUAGACCCCCAUCUCGAAUAUUGUGUGAAGAAUGGUAAGGAGAGUGCAGAGGAGAUUCAUCAGGAUAUUGCUUGGACUAGAAAGACUUAAGUUAUGGGAAAAAAAAAUCAGAUAAACUGUGCUUGUUUCUGCUGGAGCAAAGGAUAAGAGGCGACCUGAAAGAGGUAUAUAAAAUUGUAAGGCAUCGAUAUCCUACUCAAAAUCUUUGCUGGAGCAAAGAUUUGUGGACAGUUACACUACGAAAAACAAGAGGGCCUUGGUUUAAGGUGAGAGGAGGUAGGUUCAAAGGGGUUCUGUGUGGGAAGUUCUUUUUUACACAGGGACUGGUUGAUACCUGGAAUCAUGCCAGAGGAGGUGAUGAAAUCAGGAUUCAAUCCUUACAUGAAGGAAUUGGCAAAGCAGGGAAGGAGAUGGGCCUAGUGUAAAGAUGUGGGAUUAGUAUAGGUAGGCAAAAAAUUCGGUGAGGUUGUGGUGUACAGAAGGAACUGCUUCUACACUGUACGAAUGUGGCCCUCUGACGUUUGAAACAGAGGAUAGUCCGAAGCAGUCAAUAAGAAAUCACUUUGAUUGGCCAACCACAACAGAACAAUAAAAUUCAAUGGCCCAGUUGGGUGGACAGAAAGAAGGGAAUGCAGCCAAUUCAGAAUGGGGUGUGGAUUUUGAAGUGACUGGAAUUUCUUCAUAUUCAGAGUGCCCAGUGAAAUCUUUGUACUUUCAGGUUUAACACCAACACACUUCAAAUGAUUCUCAGUACAGGUCACGGAAUCUGGUCAGACCUAGGUGGGAACAAUGACCUCAGCACUGGAGAAUCUCACUUGAGGGUCAGAGCAGAAAUGGGCAGCUGCGUUCUGUGAAGUUGUGGUGAACUACAUAUACCUGUCUGGACACGCCCCCUGCUGACUGCUCCUGUGGCUCCUCCCACAGACCACGGUAUAAAGGCGAUCUGAGGCCUGAGCCCGGCCUCUCAGUCUCCAGGAUGUAGUAUGGUGGUCACUCACUGCUUGUUUCUUCUUCCAGUCAAUAAAAGCCGAUAUCUCGCC